AUGGGUCCAAAAUCUCGACCCAAGCGCUCGAAAGAAGAUGAUAAAGACUCGAAAGCGUUGAUUGAUGUUGAAGAUAUGUACGAUGGUGAAGAUAUCACUGCUGAGGAAGAGAAUGCCGAAACACGUCAAAUGAUAGUGGAACAAAAUAGAAAGAAGAAAAAAUCUGGUGGAUUCCAGUCAAUGGGAUUAUCAAAGAACGUGUUCAAGGGAGUCAUUAAAAAAGGAUACAAGAUUCCAACCCCAAUUCAAAGAAAGACAAUUCCCUUAUUAAUCUGUGGUCAAGAUGUUGUUGCCAUGGCACGUACAGGGAGUGGGAAGACAGCUGCAUUUUUGAUCCCAAUGUUUGAGCGUCUGAAAACACACUCAGUUAAAGUUGGUGCCAGAGCCUUGAUUAUGUCGCCUACCCGAGAGUUGGCCAUGCAGACCCUGCGUUUUACCAAAGAGUUGGGCAAAUUUACUGGCCUAAGGGCUGCUGUGAUUCUGGGAGGUGACAGAAUGGAAGACCAAUUUUCAGCUCUUCAUUCUUCACCUGAUAUAAUUAUUGCUACUCCUGGUCGAUUUCUUCAUGUUGUCAUGGAAAUGGAGUUAAAACUGUCCUCUCUUGAAUAUGUUGUAUUUGAUGAAGCAGAUCGAUUGUUCGAAAUGGGUUUCCAAGAGCAGCUGCAAGAAAUUCUCAACCGUCUUCCAGAGAAUCGACAGACAUUGCUUUUUUCUGCUACAUUGCCACGCCUUCUGGUGGACUUUGCCAAGGCGGGCCUUAACAAUCCAACUUUAAUCCGUCUUGAUGUCGACAACAAACUUAGUGAUCAACUUAAAACUGCCUACUUUUACUGCCGAGAUGUUGAGAAGUCUUCUUUGUUGCUAUAUCUCCUUCAAAAUGUUAUCAAACCAUUUGAACAAACAGUUGUGUUUGCUGCUACUAAACAUCAUGUGGAAUACUUAGUCACGUUACUGACUAAAGCGGACAUCAAAUGCACAUAUGUAUACAGCUCUCUGGAUCCAUCUGCCCGUAAAAUCAAUGUGGCCAAGUUCCAAAACAAACGAGUGAAUGUCAUGAUAGUCACAGAUUUGGCUGCCAGAGGAAUAGAUAUUCCACUCUUGGAUAAUGUCAUCAAUUAUAACUUUUCUGGAAAACCCAAACUUUUUGUCCACAGAGUUGGUCGUGUUGCUAGAGCAGGCCGGUGUGGGACAGCAUACUCCAUCCUCUCAUCUGAUGAACUUCCUUACCUGAUUGACUUGCAUGUUUUCCUGGGGAGGUCAUUCAAGUACAUUCCUUUGAAGGUAGAAAUCAACAAAGAAAAUUCUGAUGAAGAUGGUUACCUUGGAGCUGUACCUGUGACUGUAAUAGAACAGUGGCAAGACAACCUUUUACGGUGGCAUAAAGAAAAUAUAGAACUACAAAAUUUAACCAAAGUAUGUGCAAAUGCCUACACUCAGUAUGUAAAGUCAAGGCCACUCCCAGCUGCUGAAUCUGUGAAAAGAAUGAAGGAACUUGAUCAAGGUGGUUUCAAAAUUGGAAUUCACCCAUUAUUCAAAAAUCAGAUUUCUACCGUGGAGAAUGAAAAGAUAAAGUUUUUACAAGCCUUGAAGAAUUACAAAACUGGAUCAACAGUGUUUGAGAUUUGUGCAAACAACAAGAACACCAAACCCUUGGAGGUGAUGAAAAAGAAACGAGAACAGCAUGAGAAAGUGAUUCAACAAAGAAUGUACAAAGAACAACAGGUGGAAACAGAAAAAAGAUUAGCAGAAGAAGACAUGGCCGCAGUCGAGCCCACUUCUCUGGAUCUGAUUGAAUCAACAGAUCAAGAACUCACGACUGUAUUUAGUUCCGUUGUUACAACAAAGGCAUCAAAAGGUAUCUUCAAGAAGAAGCAGAAGAAAAAUUCUGUCAAAGACGAGAAUUAUGUCCAUUAUCGACCUGCAGACUAUCAAACAGAGAAAUCCCUAAGUGUUAAUGCUGGAUUCUGUCGAGAGGCAGAUAAUUUGGGUUUUGAAGUAGCUACAGACGAUGUGAAUGAAAUGAGGAAGACUCAAAGCAAAACUAAAUGGGACAGAAAAAAGAAGAAGUUUGUCUCCUUGAAUGCUAGUGAGAGUAAGAAGGAGAAAAAAAUCAGAACUGAAAGUGGAGUCCUCAUUCCCGCAUCUUACAAAACUAAUUUAUAUGAGAAAUGGAAGCAAAGAAAUAUGAUUGACGAUCAAGAUGAAGAAAGUGAGAAAGAAGGAAAGCAAACAAAUAAAACACGUCAAGAAGAAGGAAUAAAAGUUUUGGGAUUGAAUAAGAGACGAUUUUCAAAAGUCGAGCAAGAAGAAAUGCCAAAUGCUAGAGUGAAGAAACGUAAAUUUAAGAAACGAGAACAGAUUCCAGUUGUUGUUCAACUUGUUCCACAAAAGCAGGGAAGUUUGGGUCAGCCAAACACAACUGCAAGAGUUUGCGGAUAUUACAUGCUGGAAGGUGACUGUGUUGGUAGGCUUCUGCUAAAUGAUGAGCAUCUUUCUUAG